AUGACACCCGAGCAAUUCAAAUCAAUCUGGGAUGGAAUCUUCACCGGAAACCCAAGCGAAGCUCGUUCAUUUUGUGAAGAAGUACUCAACCCCAACUAUGUGCGCUUGGAGGCUGGCAGCGACCGAACGGACUUUGAGCGCGCCGUCAAGAAAAUUACUUUCUUCCGCCAAAACUGCAAGAAAAUCAAUAGUUCCUUGCUAUUCUUUGCUUACGACAACAAGAAGCUUGCUGCACGACUGAUUUGUGACUUGGCAAUGGGUGAGGAAGAGGAGAAGAAGCUUGAGGUCAUGAUUAUGGUGGAGCUUGACGACGAGGAGAAGUGGGUAUCUGCUUGGGAACUGAUCUCUCCGUAUUUGGGUUGA